AUGAUCUCGGACGUGCAGAAAGCUUGGGAGGCCUGUGACCGCAUCGACACGGCGUUUAUCCUUGUCUGUACUGUGUUUUGUUGGACCAUCAUACCAGCUGUCGGUCUGGGAUAUUCGGGCUAUUCGACCAGGCGUAGCGGCCUUGCUUCUUUCAUUCCCUCCGUACUAACAGUCUGCGUUUGUUCUAUCCAAUGGUUCAUCAUAGGGUACACCCUGGCAUACGGCGAAGGGGACGGUGGAGUGGUUGGCAACCUCAGAUAUGCCUUUCAUCGAGGUGUGCUGGCCGAACCAGUGGGCACCAUUCCGGCCGUACUCUUCAGUGAAUUUCAGCUGGUGUUUUUGGCCACGGUGUGUGCCAUCAGUGUCGGAGGAGCUUGUGAACGUGGUCGCAUUCUGCCACUGAUUCCUUUCAUCUUUCUGUGGUCGACUUUGAUCUAUUGUCCGUUGGCUCACAUGGUCUGGGGCGGCGGCUUCCUGGGAGAGAUCGGAGUCCUCGACUUCGCUGGUGGAACUCCCGUCCACAUUUGCAGCGGUGCCACAGCCUCAGCUCUUAGUCUUUACCUGUCGUAUCCCAUCGCCAGGUCACGCAAGUCCGACGUCAGGACGCCAUCCCACCUAAAGCUUCAUCGACCCCAUAAUUCAAUGUGUCAACUACUGGCCCUGAUCAUUAUCUGGGGCUCCUGGUUGGCUUUUGAUGCUGGCACCACGCUGAGUCUGACUUUCCAGUCUGUUAUGGCGCUGUGUGUCACCAACCUAUGUGCUUCGGCAGGAGCGAUUACAUGGGCUUCAAUCACUUACAUCGAGACUGGCCGUUGGUCCCUGGAUUCAACCUUCAUGGGUGCGAUAUCAGGUCUGGUCAUGAUCACCCCGGCGGCCGGAUUCAUCGACCUUCCCACCUCGCUACUUUUUGGCAUUGUCGGUGCGAUCGUCUGCCGUCAAGCGCUGAGAAUCAAGUUCACCGAGUUCGCUCAACGAUGGAAAUGGGUCGAUAACGGCGACACCUUUGCCACCCAUUGCGUGGGCGGCAUUCUCGGCACUAUUGGAACUGGUCUCUUUGCACAGAAAGCUGUCGCGGCAUACGGAGGAGCCGAAGUGGCCGGCGGGGUCGUCUUCGAUGGCAAUUUCCGCCAGCUUUGGGUCCAGAUUGUCGAAGCUUUGAUUGGUUUCACCUGGUCUUUUGUGGGAUCCUUUGUGAUCAUCGCCCUGAUCGACUGCGUUCCAGGCCUCGAAGUACUUGCAGAAGACAAGGAUGUCAAUAUGGGCAUGGAUGCCUCUCAGAUGGACGAGAGUUUAUAUGAAUCCCAGUGGGCAGGAGAGGAAGAUUAUAAGCCUCUGGCUAAUGGCAGGAUCGCCCUGGAUUAG